CGUUAUACAAGAGUAUUUUCAACAACAACAAACAUGGCGGACAAGGAAGCAAAAAUUGAGCUAAAGGGACCCAAUUCUGAUAAUAGUCAACUUGAUGUUGCUAUUGUUGAAGCAAAUACGCACAUUGGCAACAACACUCUUUCUACACAAGAUAUAGAUGAUAUUGCAAAAAAACUUCUUAGUGGAAAAUUUUAUUUAUCUGCGCUAGAAUUUCACGCAGAGCUGGUUGAAGUAGGGCGGGAGUUAGCUCGAUUUAAAGAUUUUUUUUCUAAUCCAGGAAAUUUUGAGGUUCAAAUGAAAUUGGACCCACUGCUUUCAGUUAGAAAAACGCCUAGUGUUUUGACAUUAGACUCAAUUGAUGAUUUUUCAAGAUACUCAGAUGAUGGAUUGAGAGAAACAGAUGAGAAAGUAACUGUGCUCGAGUUUGAACUUAGAAAAGCAAAAGAAACAAUUCAUGAGCUACGUGAAAAUAUUACAGAAUUAACAGCAGAUGAUAAAGACAAAAAGAAUAUAUUAAGCAAAGACAUAGAUUUAAUAGACGAUGAACAAAUAAAUCAUUUUGAAAUUAGAACAUUGAAUUUUCUUGUUAAUGAGUAUCUGUUGAAACAUGAAUACAAGUUAACCUCUAUAACAUUUGCUGAUGAGCUUGCUGAUCAGGAUUUAGAUGAUUGGGAAGAUGUUGGUUUAAAUACUGGUCAACCUCCAGAUAUUCUUCAUUUGUUAAGGGACUAUUCAAAGCAUGUCGUUGACCCUGUGAAGUUACGUGACAAAGAAAUAGAAGACUUAAAGCAAGAAAUAAAUAAAUUAACACAAAGCUGCAGUCAAUUACAGGAAGAAAUUUCUGCUGGACAAAACGAAAUACACCGAUUAACAGAAGAAUUGGAAAAAGCAUCAAGGCUGAAAUCUCAGGAGAAUUUUUUACAUGUUCACAAUUUUUCAAGACAUGACGAAGAUAACAUUUCUAAUAAAAGUUACACUUCGUAUAAAAGUGAAAAUAGUGACAUCAAAGAAAAUUAUAUACUUGUGGAGAAUGAACCACAAAAUGAAAACUUAAAGGAAGGCAAAAAUCAGCAUAUUUUUCUUGACCAUUCGGAACUUCAAAAUAGUAAUGUUAAAGAAGAUAGUGAAAAACAAGAUACUGAUUAUCACAAUGAAUCUCAAAUUGAUAAAAUGAUUAAUAUAGAUGAAUUUAAUGAAGCCAAAAAGGUCGUAAAAUGUAGUAUUUCGAAUUCCGUGGAUGAUGUAGAUUCCUAUACACGACAAAUCUCGUCAACUUUCCUUACCACAUUAUUGUCAAUGACACAAAUUGUGGGAGAGUCAAGACUGUCAAAGGAGGUUUCCAAAGAAGAGAACAACACACCAGUUCAAGUUAUCGCCGAAUCUCUACCUAAUAUUGUUCCAAAUGUUUUGUUAAAUAAAAGAGAGGAACUUAUCCCUCUUAUCCUAUGUGCUGUUAGAUUUCACGAUAACGCAAGAGUUCGUGAUGAGCUUCUGCAUUCUCUCUUUAAUCUGAUCAAAAGGCCUGACAAAGAACAAAGAAAAAUCAUAAUAGAUGGCUGUGUAACAUUUGCCAAGUAUGUGGAGCCUGUUCGAAUAGAAGCUGAAUUUCUUCCUCAAUGCUGGGAACAGAUAAAUCACAAGUUUUCAGAAAGACGGUUGUUGGUAGCUGAAACAUGUGGUAACAUGGCCCCAUAUAUUCCAGUAAGUCUUUUGAGUUCCCUGGUAUUCUCUAUGCUUUCUCAAAUGCUGCAAGAAGACAGAAGUGAAGAAGUACGAAGUGCUGUUGUGAAAAACUUGGGAAUUAUUUUAAGCUUUGUUACAGAUGCUAGCAAAUAUUCUCAGGCAUUCACCUUACUAGAACUUGGUUUAAAUGAUAUUACUGAUGAGGUUGUUGCAAAUACAAAGAACAUUCUUUUACCUGUUGUUGCUGUGUGGGCUUCAGAAAUCAACAAACUGCAGCCGCACUUAAUACCAACACUACUAAUUAUGUGUCAACGGUCCUUGCAGAGUUGGUAUGAAGCGAGCAUAACAAAUACUGAGGGAGAUUCAAAUGCAUUGUUAAUGGCUGCUGAGAUGAAAUUUAAUAAUUAUAUAGAUUGUUUGGUUAAAAUGGUUACCAUUAUGUUUUUGCAUUGUUUACAAACUGCGCCAUUUUAUUAUGAUGAUUACGACGCUUCUAUUCAAACUCCCUUGGGAGAUAUGAGGCUGCCUGCUAUGAAGAAUCCAUUGCUGAAUAUUGAUACCAUCCUUGAUGACAAAGAUAGAAUCUGCUUCCUUGUAAACCAAUUUGAUGAAGCGAUGAAGUCAUCUGACCAAAUAUGGGAAAGUGUUGAGUGGAUAUGCAAUGAAUGUUUAUCAAAGACUUGUGAGAUGUCAGUUUUGACGAGUGGAAAUUCAAAUCUUAUGGCGAAGUUUGUUUGUUACAUGUGUACAAUAUGUCGAAUAUUUGGAAAGAAUUUCACUUUUACCAAGAUUGUGCCAUAUUUUGAAAAACUGAUGAGAAAUACAGGUGCAGAAUUUCUAAAUGAUGUGACACCCGUCUGCAGUCCUUUAUUAACAUUAUUUCUUUGUGGUGUUCUUUCAUCUUAUCAGGAGGAGGAAGAAGACAAAAAGCUGUUUAGUUUCAUCAAACAAUGUCUGCUGACUAUUUCCACGCAAGGAUUGACAAUGAAAUAUUUGGUGCUGUCUGUCACUAUGUUGUGCGAAACGCCAUUGUAUCAAUCACCGCUUAUACAAACAUUACGUGAACUGGUUGUUUAUCCGGUAGCCGAAGUUCGAAGCUCGAUUGCACAACUGUUUGGUGUUCUAGUAAAAUGUGUCAACAAAGACUUGAUAGCAUCACAAGUUGCUUCAGCCAUCAUUUCUCUCACAAACGACAGAGAUAUAUCCGUUCGAAUUGCAGCUGUCCCCGCCCUGGGAAAUGUAAUUGAAGUCAUAUCAGAUAAAAAUUUGUUGGAUAAAGUUAGUUUUCAACUUCAAACAUUACUGGAUACACCAGAACUCCAAAAAAAUAUAAAUCUUCAGAUUGCUAUCAUAAACACAUUCACCAGAAUAAUGCCGAAUACUGAUCAUAAGUUUCGUGAUGAAUUCUUAAUACCACGUCUUAAAGUGACAACAGAAAUAAACGAAAGCGUGGAAGAUGUUUCUGAUCGUAUGGAAGUAGUAGAGUCGUUGAUACAAGUGCUGAGUGCUGCCUUAUGUUGUUUUCUUUCGAAAGAGACUAUUGCCAGCUUCAUAAUACCUACGUUACACUUGCUAAAAGAUGAUGUGAAAAAUGUCAGUCCUGAAACUUUGGAUUCAGUGUUGUUACUUCUUAAAGAUGCUGAAAGCAAGUGUGAAGAUGAUAAGUCUUCAACAGGAUCUGGCGUCUCAUCUACCUCAUCAAAACUUUUCGGUGGCAUUUCAUCACGAUUAGAUAAAUUCAAAAAGAAGAAACAAUAGAGAAUUAUACACCAUCCCUUAAUAUCGAAUAGCAUUUUAUAUAGUGUUAAAAUAUUUUUUUAGAACUGAUUUUCAAAUAUAUUUAUAUUUUCUGUUCUUUUUAAUUUGUAUUGAUUAUUUUUCUCAAAUUGCAUUUCGAAUUUACUUUUUUCUGCACAAAACUUUAUCUUUUUAAUCUAAAUUUUUGAAGAAAAUCGCGAAAUUAAAAUUCUGAAAUUUUAGGUGCUUAAAGUAUCUGUAAGGGGCGCGCGUCUGUUAAUUUAUAUACUGUCAUUCGUUUUUAAGUGUCACAAAACAUGAUUUUAAUACACCCUUAUCGUAUUCUAGUGUGUCAUUCAAAUCUUCUGUUAUUGCGAGGAAUGAGUCUGUAUUAGUUUUCACAAGCUCUACUAUUUGCAUGUUUUUAUGUAAGCAUGACACAAAUACUUUAAUGUGUUCUCACUUUCAUCAAUUAUGAAGCCUUAAAAUGUUUUCUUGAUUUCGUUGCAAAUAAAAUGAAUGAUCAAAU